AUGCUUGAUCGAGGUUUCAGAAAUGAUAUGCAAUCAUUAGCUAUCAUAUGUUCUCAAUGUAGUUGGACUGGUAUCUUAAAAAAUUAUCAAGAACAUCUGGAUCAAUCUCAUCAAAAUCCAAAAUGUAAUUAUUGUGAUGAACAAUUCGAAUCAGUUAAUCAACUGAAUCAACAUAAAAUUCUUCGUUGUGAAUUGCAACAUCAUUAUCAAAGUAAACAACAUCAAAAUUCAAUACUAAAUCUUAUACAAGACAUGAUAUUACAGUUAAGAGACGCUCGAAUGCCAUGUAAUCAAAUGGAUACUGAUAUUCCGCAAACUACUAUAACAAUAGACAAUGCUUUUGCUUUCAAUCAGUUGAGCGAGCUUGAAGAAACUAUCAGUAUAUUUUCAAACGGUACUGAAACAUUGAAUGAAGAUAUACAAAGAGUUAAUACUAACUUACUUGAACAUGAAGAUAAACUACAACGUUUAAUAGACAAUGUUUCAAAUUUGAAAUUAUCCGUUGAAGAAGAGAAUUUUUUUUACGAAGGAACUGUACCAAAUUUAGAAGUUCUAAAUCAAGAUUUGAUGUCAUUGGAAGCCAAGAUUAAUGAUACGCAAGAUGUAUCUUAUGAUGGGAUAUUUGUAUGGAAAAUUUCAAAAGUUCAAGAGAAAAUGAUGGAUGCUCAAUCAGAACGGCAACCAUCGAUUUAUUCACCUCCAUUUUAUUCAUCACCGAUUGGCUACAAAAUGCGACUCCGACUUUAUCUGAAUGGUGAUGGCAAUGCUCGACGGACACAUAUUUCAUUAUUUUUUGUUCUAAUGCGUAGUCGAAAUGAUCCAAUAUUAAAAUUUCCUUUCAAUUAUAAAGUGGCGUUUUGUUUAUAUGAUCAAACUCCUCAACAGCGGCAUAUUAUUGACUCAUUUCGACCAGAUAUUCGAUCGAGUAGUUUUCAGAGACCACAAUCAGAUAUGAAUAUUGCUAGUGGUAUACCUAAAUUCUUUCCAUUGACGCUGAUUCAACAAGAAGGUAAUCCGUAUGUACGAGAUGAUACUAUUUUUAUUAAAGUAAUGAUUGAUUUUGACCACCUGCCGAAAACAUUAUUACCGUUUGCAUUGGGUCUUAAUCCUGGACUGCCAACACAUGUUCAACAACACAUUAUUAAACAAGAAAUAGACAGAAGAACCUCAACUGUGAACUGCGAAGAAGCACCAAACAACAAUUAUAUCAGUCAAACUUGA